AUGAAUCUCCUGUCUGUAUUUGUGGCAACACUGUCGGUGCUCGCCGCCUUUGCAACAGCACUCAUUGUUCCUCUCCCCGUGGUUCUCCCUAGGGAACUCGACCAUGUCUAUGCCCUCCUACAAGAUCCAGCACGCACCUACUUGACCGUCUCUACAAAUUCUUCACAAACUUCCGUUGUCCACAUGCAUUCAGACCGGACUUUCUACAUCGACGUGGACGCCGACGCCGACGCCGACGCCGACACCGCCGUUGUCGAGUUCAUAUUGACCCUCCAUUCGCUCGACGUCGACUUCCCCGCUCCGCAGUUCGCGCUCUCCAUGGGGCGCGCCACCCUCCAGGGCGGAGCCUACACAUACGCGCUGCGGCAGCACGUGCCGGCGCUGCACGAGGCGCUGCAGGACAAACUUCCUGCCGUGGCGGGGGGUUCGUUGCAGCUGGACGUUUCGCUGCUUGGCUUGGACGUGGCCCAGUGGGAGAGAGCCCAUGUUCCCCCUGGAGGGAUCUUGAACUUGCACUUGGAGAAUGUUCCGGGAAUGGUGUGGGUAUUUUCCCAUAAAUGGAAAAUGGGUUUAUUUUUUACCCUUAUAUUAAUUGCCCUUUUACCUAUGUUAUUAAUUCGAAUUGAUUCCGAUUUUGCCGAAAGAGUUGUUCAACAGCAGCUGGAGAAGAAGCGAGAAAUGCAGGAACGGGACAAGGCUCAGUAG